UUCUGUCUGUCUCUCUCCCUCUCUGCAUACCUCGUCUGCUGGAAUUUGUUUUCUCAGCUAACAGGGAAACAGCUUGACUUGUAGCAACAAGUUCACUACUGAUUGCAUCACAUCCGUGAGAGAGAGAGAGUUUUUAUUUCCUCAUGUAGGUGAGUAAAUGCUGAAAGAGAGAAAAAAGGCAGGUUGAAAGAGAGAGAGAGAAAGAAGGAAGUAAGAGAGAGAAAAGUAAUAGACAGCGAGAUGGGAGGGUUUUAUUUCCUCUUGUAGGUAAGUGCUGAGAGAGACAGAGAGUGAGGGAGGAUGUAGUGAGCGGUUUAGAGGUGUGUUCGGGUCGGAGUGAUUCUCGGCCCACAGUAACGGCUGCCGACACUACCGGCAAGGAUUUUGGGAAAUGAGCCCUAAACUACUGCUACUGAUUCUGGCAUUGACGGCCAGCCUGAUCGCCCCACAGGUUCACUGUGAGACAGAUGACAGUUCUGGAGAUGCAGAAACAGAAACACAUAACACUGAAGAAAUUCCUGCAGCAACAGAUGAAGAGACUGGACACACAGUUUCCACCCAGAGUGAAGUUACCAAACCUACUCAGUCAUAUACAUGGGAUGCCCAAAAAUCUGUAACCACUGCUCAAACAAUCAACUCCACACAGACUCAGAACAGAACACAGAGGGAAAGGAAACGGAGCUCCAUCACAGCCACAGUCUUGCCGACAGAGUCCGCCACAGGACCUGAGGAGAGCGACCCAACUGAGGAGCCAGUGUCAGAUUUCACUGUCAUCAUGGUGGCACUGGUGCUGGUGCUGGUGCUGAUCCUCAUGGCCAUAUUCAUUGCUGCACUCCUGAUCAGCCGCAGGAAGAGAGAGACAGCAAAUGCUCUAAAAGAGGAUCCAUAUCUGGAUGCUGAAGGAAGAGAGAAGGUGCCAAUGCCAAUGUUUGAAGAAGACGUGCCCUCUGUAAUGGAGCUGGAGAUGGAGGACCUGGAGAAGUGGAUGAUUAAAGGAGAUGGGGGCAUCAGCAUGGACUCCGGACAAAAACAGUUUUCAUGAAUACAUUUCCGUAAUCGCUGUGGACUGAGAGAUAUCUGCGUUCUUCUGCUGUGCUGUCUACUGGGAACACUCUGACUGCUGCCUACAACAAACCAAAGCCUGAUUUUUAUCCAUGUUUUGUUAUAAGGACUUCAGAUAAAGAAAAUUUUAACAUGAAUCCACUGUCGUAAGAUUUCAAUGCAAAAAGUUAUAUCUGGGCAAGAAUGUCAUCUUAAAUCUAGUCGAUGCAUCUAAUAUUUCUCAUUAUGAGAGUAUUAUAAAAUAAACUAUUGUUUUAAGUAACUUUAUUAACUUAAAUUAUCUCACUCUAUCGACAAACAAUUUCACUUGUUGAGAUAUAUGUUUUGCAAUACAAAAAGCAGAACGUUUCUCUCAUAUUAAGACAACGAAGCUUAUUUUUUCUCUCUAAUAAGAUAACUUCUCCUACAAGGCACUGAGCAUAAGAUUAUUUUGUUUACUUUAAGUUCAGUCUUACUUAGAUAUCUGACCUUGUUUUAAGUGGCAUGAAACAAGUGCAAAUCAGAUCAUUAUGAUAAUUGUGUCAGUACUUCCGAUACAAUAUCCAGUCACAUUUUUAAGUCUAUUCCAGGUGGAGGGAUGCAGGCAGGGCUUUGUGAGGCAAAAGCAAAAUUAUCUGCCAAGAUUGUGUGAUAAAUUCACUUAAUAAAAGUAUUUAAAACAAGUAUAAAACAUGUAGAAAUAAGUUAAAUAACAUUCCUACAACCAUCCCGAAAUGAGAACAAUUCGAUAUUUCUACUAGAUUUAAGAUGAUUUCACUUGCUAAGACAUUUUCAUCAUUUUUUGCAGUGCAUAGCCUACAUUUUUCUUUUUCUUCUGAGGUCCACUUAUAACAAUUUGAGUUGUUUUGUGCAUCAAAACAGUCAUAAUUCAUUUCUACAUGACCAUUUUCCAACCAUUCUUCAUCCCUAACAAUUAAACAGGCUGUUUUUGUUACUGUGCCUUUAAGAUUGAUAUAUGUGAAUGAGAUGCGU